CCUUCUUCCUCCUCAAGUCACAAAAACCAAUUCAACAACUCAGAGCUCUUAUCAUUAUAACUUGACAAAACAAAAAAUGGGAAGAGACUGGUCCUGGCUCGGCGGAGGAGGCGGAGGGAAGAAGAAAUCCUCAAGCAAGUCAAAGAAAGAAGACAUUAAACCACCGCCGCCGCAGCCAUCUCUCGCCGGAAAUACUGCAACGGCGGCGGGAUGCAUGAGUGCUGUGUUCAACAUUUUUGAUUUUCAACACUUACAGUUUCCUAUUAACCACCACCAUCUUCAUCUUCCCAAAGGAGUAGAUGCACCGAGAAACAGCUUGGAAUCAACGGAGGAGACAGAGGAGGAAACUUCUUUUUCGCCAACCAGAAAAGAUGGAAAUUUAAAUAUCUCUAUGGGUAUUAAAAUUAAGACCAAACCACAAGCAAGAUCAUCAUCAGCAUCUCUUACACCCACUGAAACUUAUUCUCCGAGCAUAAAGACACCAACUUUGGUUGCUAGACUCAUGGGUCUUGAUCUUGUUCCUGAUAAUUACAGAUCAUCUCCAACUCCAUCUUCUUCAUCUUCGUCUACCUUAAUUGAUCUCAAGACGCCAACAAGAGCUUCUCAGACCAAGAAACACAGACAUUACUCUCUCCAAAGAAACUCUGUCGACGGAGGUACACGUUCUCUCCCCGAAACACCGAGGAUUUCACUCGGAAGGAGAUCCGUUGACGUCAACUGUUACGAACACCAACGUUCUUCACUUCAUCUCAGAGACAACAACAACACCAUCAACGUGUUUCCUGAAAGAGAGGCUGGUAUUAACAAUGUCAGGCUCACGAGGGUCAAAGAGAUGAAGAUACAUGAAGAUAAAGAGAAUCGCAGUCCACGAGAGUAUGCUAGACAGAUAGUGAUGCAGUUGAAGGAGAACGUUAGCCGAAGAAGAAGAAUGGGAACUGAUAUAACCAACAAAGAACAACAAUCAAGAGAGAUUCAUGAGUCCAAGAAAGCUUCUUCUAAGAUCACAACAAUCAUCACUCAUGAUUCAUCAUCAUCCCCGAGAUUAGGAUUAACGGAAACCCCCAAAACCAAACCAACCUCACCUCAGACAAAUAAUGUUGCUACCAAGAUUCUGGAGAAAACAACAGUGAAGGUUCAAGACAAGACCAGAUUACCAACAGUGCAAGAGGAGCCACAGGGAGAGCAAGGACAAGAAGUGAAAGAAAAACAGAGGAAGUCUACAAAGAAGUUCAAGAAACCAGAGAAUUUCAAGUCGAGAUUAGUGAAACCGCCACAGACAAUGCAGGAAGAGCCGUUUGUUCGAUCACCAACAACAAGUAACAACAACAACAACAAUGGUCUUCUCCUUAUCCAAGGAGACAAAUCUUCCAACAAGAAAACUCCCUUAUCCAUUAAUCAUCUCAUCAACUUCACUAGUGUUCCCACCAUCAAGAAGAAAGAUUCAUCACUUCAUCACAAAUCGUCAAACUUAAAGCUCAGAGAAACACAAACACCAAGAAACAGAGCAUCAUCAGAGAUUCCUAGUUUUCCGAGCCAAUCACAACCCCACAUUGCACCAAUCGCCGGCGGCGAGUUAGAGUACAUAACAAGAACCCUAAGACGAACAGGAAUCGACAGAGACACACCAAUCUCAUACGCUAAAUGGUUCUCUCCUUCACACCCACUCGAUCCAUCAAUCUUCUACUUCCUCGAACAUUUCGCUGUUACAUCAACCAGACCUAGAAACUCACCGGAAAAUCUAGCUCUUCGAUGCAAUAGAAAGCUACUCUUCCACUUAGUAGACGAAAUCCUCGCCGAUAUCUUAAAACCACACAUCAAUUUGAAACCUUGGGUUUGCCAUUACCCGAUUCAAUCUCAGAGGAAUCUAAAGGGAUCGGAGCUAAUCGACGAGUUAUCUCGGAGAAUCGAGCGGUUUCCGUUAGCAAAGUGUUUGGUUCUCGAAGAUAUUGAUGCUCUCGUCGCCGGAGACUUCCCGGAGAUUGAAUCGGCGUUUGAAGAAGACGGCGAAGGAAUCGUCACGGAGAUCGAGAGAGGAAUCUUUGAAACACUCGUGACUGAAACGACGACGGAUUACUUUGCCACGUGGAUGGUCAAAACGGCGCCGCUUAAGCGUAACGAUGAUGUCAGUGGCACGUGGGGUGUUCACGUGACGAGAUACUCUUCAAAUGUGGGGUCCCACCACGACUCGUCCUCUAUGAGAUUAAGGCUUCCACGUGGAUAAAAGAAUUCCACAUGGCAGACAUUUACUGGUUCUUCUUUGUAUAGAGAUAUCUUUUUUUUAUAUAGAUUAUAUUAAUUUUCAAAUACUUUGUAGCCGUUAUAAAUAAAUAAAAUAAAAAUUUUGAAAUUGU